AUGGCUAAGUUAGAGUUACUACAAUCUAUAAAUGCCCACAAGGGCAUUGUGUGGAAUGUCUCAUGGCAUCCUAAUGGAAAUAUAUUUGCCUCAUGUGGAGAGGAUAAAGUUAUUAACUUAUGGAGCAAGGAAAAUCAAGGAUGGGCUGUGAAGACUAUGUUAGUGGAUGGACACCAAAGGACUAUAAGAGAAGUUGCGUGGUCUCCUUGUGGAAAUUUUUUAGCAUCUGCUAGUUUUGAUGGCACUACAGCUAUAUGGGAUAAAAAGAGUGGUCAGUUUGAAUGCAAUGCUACAUUGGAGGGACAUGAAAAUGAAGUAAAAAGUGUAGCAUGGUCACCUUCUGGGCAGUUGCUGGCUACCUGCGGUAGAGAUAAAUCAGUAUGGGUCUGGGAAGUGGCUGGUGAUGAUGAGUAUGUUUGUGAAGCAGUACUUAAUGCUCACAAUCAAGAUGUGAAAAAAGUUGUAUGGCACCCAUCUCUUGAAGUAUUGGCAUCUGCUUCUUAUGACAAUACAGUCAAAAUAUAUAAAGAGGAUCAAUUGGACAGUGACUGGAAUUGUGUUGCAACUCUAGAGUCACAUGAGACUACUGUAUGGAGUUUAACUUUUGAUAAAACAGGAGAGAGAUUAGCCACAUGCAGCGCUGAUAACACAGUCAAAAUAUGGAAGGAAUAUAAACCUAAUAAUGAGCUAGGUGUUAGUGUAUCUGAUAAAGAAUCAUCUUGGAAAUGUAUUUGUACAUUAUCUGGUUACCACACACGAGCUAUAUAUGAUAUAGCUUGGUGUCACCAUUCUGGUCUAAUAGCUACCGCAAGUGGUGAUGAUAUUAUCAGAAUAUUUAAAGAGGCUGAAGAUUGCGAUCCAGAUGCACCAACAUUUGAUUUAAUUUGUAAAAAAUAUGAUGCACAUUCCCAAGAUGUUAACUGUGUUAAGUGGAAUCCAACGGCUAACAAUGAACUAGUGUCCUGCAGUGAUGAUGGACAAAUAAAAAUUUGGAAGUUUCUUGAUGAAUAA